GCGGGAAGGAGUCGCACGAGAAAUGUGUUGUGUUCGACAUUCAUAUUGCUGUUAGCUCAACUGACUCUCUUAUUACUGUUUUAACCACACACUGUACGAAGGAAUGUCAUUUAUGCACACCGACCUAGGAUAAGAUGCUGGCGUGAGUGUUCACUGAUGCGGAACCAUCAACACUACAGUGACUGACAGCCAGUUAAAUACAUACUAAAAUUUAACAAGUGGGAUAUCACACACGCAGGAGUUCUCAACAGUCCAGAUCUGUGUCACGGAAUUGUCUGAUGUGGCUUUAAUUAACAGGAUUCACCUUUUUAUCUCGUCGACACGGAACUCAGAAAAAGAGGUCAAUGGGUAAUGCUAAUAGUGGCGGAGGAUUGUUCGUCGGAGAAGAUCAGGAAGUUCCUGAAAUUUUUGAAGUGUUACCAUACGAGGACGAUGGUUUUGGUGUAGAGGAAGAGGAAGACUAUGUGGAUGAAGAGGACAGCGAUGAAGUAGAAUCUGAGGGGGAAGAUAGAGAAAGAGCAUUGAUCCAGAAAGGGGCAGCUCAGAUCGAACAGCUCCUUAAGGAUCAACAAGAAUCAACAGAUAAUCAGCAGCUCCCUGAGGAUCCACAAGGAGAGAGGGAGAAACAAGAGCUCCCUAGGGACCAGCAAGGAGAGAGGCAGAAACAAGAGCUCAUUAGGGACCAGCAAGGAGAGACAUCAAAGCUCCCCAAAGGUCACCAGGAUGUCAAAAUCAGAAAAGAUAAAGCCGCUGGAGGUUACAUCUAUUCUGGGAUAGACCCCGCUAUUGUCUCACGUCUGAUACGAGAGGUUGAGGAAUUACUCACACAUGUGACAAAUGAGGACUUCAAAGCCGCUCAGAAUGCAGCUCUCAUAUUGAAGGAGACGGACAUAGGGUCUUUAGCAGAAGGAAUGAGCAAAUCCAUGGAACGACAUCAGCGAUCCUACUAUGAUGGAAAUGUCCCUCCAAGCAGGAAGUCCGGUUCCCGUCUUCAGGGUCCCAGAAUUGAAGUUGGAUCAAGGAUGCAAGCAAGUCGUCAAGGAAGUACGCCAUCUAGGGCAUCCGCUGACCUCACAAAGCUUCCACCAAUCAAUGGUUUCCGCAGUGAAAAACCUGAGAGUCGAGAAACAGGAUCAACAACUGUGUUUACAGAUGGCGGGGGAGACAGCACAGCCCCUGGCAAAGGUCAACACGGAGGUCAUGCCCCUCGCACAUUAGCAUAUAGCCCAACAAAAAUUGCUGCUCCUAAAGACAAAUCCCCAGUCAAGGAACAAAGGUCAGGGGUCACUUGUAAUGACAUAGUAGCUGUUACAUCAAACUAUGUUCCAAGUGAUGAAAAGACCAAAGAUCAAAGGUCAAAUAUAGCAUCAUUGGUCAGUUCUGUUACACUUGAAGACAAGCCACAAUAUGAUGAAAGGUCAAAGUUCAUUAGGGAUCAGAGGUCAAGCAUUCCGUCAAUGAUUCCUUCGUUUCAAAUGGAUACUAAAACAAAAGAAGAUAGACAGAAAGUGAAGGAACAGAGGAAAAGUAUGAUUCCAUCCUUUCCUAGUGACGAUAGAUCCAAGUCAAAGGAAUCUAAAUAUAGUUCAAAUAACAAUCAAGGUGAAGAGGGACCAAAGAUGGAGGCAGGAAAACCGGAAACAACCAAGCCAGAGUCUAAAAAUCUGUCACCGAAGAUAACAACCGAUGGUUUAGAUGGUGAUAAUGAAGAGGUUUCAUCAGAAAUGGCUUGGGAGGUGGAUGUUUCAGACAUAACUCCUGCCAGGAAAAUCAAGAAACCAGGCCUUAGGUGCUAUCAAGCUCAACGGCAAAGGGAGACGACUCAAGCCCAUACAUUCCCUCCAUGUGUGAAAGUAACUGCAGAACUCAUCUCUGCUAGGAAAGUCUUUGAUAUGAAACGCUGGGUGUGUAUGAGUCGACCACAGUACAGCAAGUCAUGCGGAAUUACCUCCCUUGUCUCCUGUUGGAACUUCCUGUUUAGCACACUUGGCAAUGGAAAUCUACAACCUUUAACACAAGAAGAGGCUCUUGCCAUCCUUGGGUUUAAGCCACCAUUUGACGAGAUCAGAUUCGGGCCAUUCACUGGAAACGCAACACUCAUGACAUGGUUCAAGAGGCUAAACGACCACUUCAAGGUCCGUGGGCAGAGCUACUUUACAUACAAACCUCAUGGUAAGGACAAGACUUUUGGGCUGACUUCAGACAUGGCACUCCAGGCUAUUAAGAAAGGACUGCGAGACCCUAAUACUGCCUAUAUUUACCACUGCCAAAACCAUUACUUCUGUCCGAUUGGGUAUGAGGAUACACCUCUCAAGGCCGAGGAGGCUUACAGUGGACCUUUGGCCCAGGAGGACGUAGAAACACACAUUCUGAUAGGCGACUGCGCCAUUAAACAUCCCAGUAUACAUUGUAAAAGGUGGGAGGACAUCUCGACAGACCUUAACUGUGUCAAUCCUGAGUAUCUCAACAUUCGACGCCUGGAAGAAGGACUUCAGAAACGCAAGGCUAAAAAGCCAGGUGGUAAUCUUCAUUGCAUUAUGGCGUUUCGUAAAAACAAUUUUCAGUCUGUCCACAAGACUCAUAUCCCUGUGUUUGGGGCCGGAGCCAAGACAAGAACAAGAUCAACUUCGAACCCAGCACAAAACGGUUCGUCAGUAACGAAUGGUUCUACGACAGGUACUACGCCAGUAGCUGCGGAUACAACUGCCAGACUUAGUUUAAGUAACAAUAUUGAAACUCCUGUUGGAGCAGCCAUUCAUUCCGAUUUGUCGCCUACCAAUGGAAUAGGCAAAAAUGAAAUUCCACAGGUAGGGGAUGCCAAACGGAUGGACGAGGAUGAAGAGAAUAUGUGUUCAGAGGAUGAAGAGGAUGAUGAAUAAAUGUUGCAUUAGUGUGUGGAAGUAGGUUGUAAGCUCUUAUUGUGUGUACUUAUUCAAUAUCUCCACAGAUUUUAUGGUUGUACUUUUCAUGGAAGUCAUAUUGCAAUUUAGAACUGAAAAUUACUUAAGUUGGAUUUUGUCCUUGUACAACUGUUCACAUCUAACUCCAAAGUAUGCUAAAUUGUAUAUAACAGUAGAGAAUUCUCCAAAAUUAUUUCAUUUUAAGUAUUUUGUUUUUGAAACCUUAUCUCCUAUAAAUGCUUAAUCCAAGGUCCAAAUGAUACUUCUGGUAAGUCUUGAAUAAUUUUACAAUAGACUGUGAUAAAACUACAAACAAAACAUGUUGAUAUUUUAUCAUGUUUAAAGCUCCAUAUUGUGAUAUUUCCAAUACAUGUAUAUAUUCAAGGAAAGAUGAAAUAUGCCUGUUACAUGCCAUUGUGCAUUUUCCCCUCAACAUUUCUUUAAAAUCACUACUGCCAGUAGUCCUGAACGACUGAUAUAAUUUUGAUCAAAUUUCGUCUGGAGCGUUAUUGAGUGAAGGCGACUCAAUGGGGGCAGAGGAGCCAGGCCCUACAGGGGAAAUGGAGGAAUAUUUUAAAGUUCUGCUAUACAUGCACCACGUUUUUUCGCAAAUGUGGAAAUAUUCAGGUGAGUGGUACAGGCCCUCUGUGCCUCUUGUUUCUUUUUGGUGGCUUCGUCACUGGCUAGUUGGUAAGCAUACACUAGUUGUUUACGUGUCAAACACCUACCGAGGUAUAACCUAUUUCCUGUAUAAAGCUAUCCUACAUAUCAUUUUUGUAACUUCUGUUAUUAUUAAACAGUGGAAUCUGUUACAGGUCACGUGAUACCUGGACGUUGUUUAUGAAGACAUUACAUUAUAACCACAUUAUAAACACAUUAUAAACACAUUCAGUGAGUUCUUUAUAGAAGUUUGUAUAAAUUUUGUGUAACAGCAAUACAUUUAUUUGUAUGUCCAUAAACUCACAUAGUGUUUUGGCAUGGGAGCUCGGCAACUAGAAAAAAAUUCAUAUACCACUUAUAUGCAAUAUAAUUUUAUUGAAUGAAAACCAUUAUUCCGGUGAAAUUUUUCAGUGAAGUUUUCAUCUUUUUCAAGUGUAGAUGUUUAAGAGAAUUGUUUAAGAUUUAAGCAUUCUUCAAAUGCGAUAUAAAAUGUCAGUUAGUCUGAAAUACACACCAUAUAUGCAUGCAACACCAAUAUUGAGGAUCUACUUACAAAUUUAAUGAUGAAAUAGUCAGUCUUGUUAAACUGAACAAAGUUAUACUGAUGAAUACUGAAAUUUAAACAAAUUUGUUUAUUGUUUUUAUAUUACAUAAUACAUAUACAUGUAUAUAUAGGACUGUUGUUUUAUAUAAAGGUUGACAGUCGAUAUCAGCUGUGUAUGUUGUGUCACUGUCUAAAGUGUGUGUGAAUUAUAAGGAUCUGUCUCCAUAGUAAUUACAUUUAGCUGUAUCAUGCAAUUAGUAGAAAUCUGUCUGAAAUCACAAAACGAACGCAAGAAGAGUUGGGUUUUUUUUGUAUAAAUUAUUUUUAUAGAUUUAAAAUGAAAACGUUAUCAUGAAAAGCUAAUAUAAGCUAGAAAGUAUAAUAGUUUACAUAGGGAAAUCACAUUUUUGACUCUCAUUUGUUUGAUUUCUAUUGGAAUUCAUUCUAACUUCACCUGUUGGCCCUGAAUAACCCCUUGGACUGAUGAGUCAGGGGCCAAAAAGGGUCAAUUAAAUUAACCGAAAUAUUUUGAAACUCAGGUGACGUCAAGGCCCAUGGGCCUUUUGUUAAACAUUAUGUGAUAGCUAGUAUAGGAUACCCCUAUGAACAAAUAGUGCUGAGGUUUUAAAAGAAAAUGUUCACUUAAAAUAUCAACACUUCAAAAGAGAGGUGUCUGGAGUUUGAUCUCAUGGCUUAGGGUGUCUAAUCCGAUCUCAUCUGAACAUUGAAUCAAGCAGCUUUAUAAAAACGUGUCGUCUCAUGAACUGUUUACAUUAUAUAACUUUAUAUAUCACUAUACUUAAUUCAUAUUCUACAAAUUCACAAUGUAUGUGACCAUAUAAUAUUUGCACAAAGAAAUUCACCAUUAUAUCAUUUUCAUAUUUCAUUUAUACAUCUGACAUAUUGUUUAUGCAAGUUAACAUUAAAGGUUGUAAAAAUUAC